GAUAAAUUAUAAAGAUUCAAAAAAAAUAUAAUAAAAAAGUCUUACUAAUAUUUUUUAAAAAUGUAAAAAAAUACUCUGCAAGAUUUAUCAAGGUCUUUAAUAAAUGAUAAUAUUUUUAUCUCGGAAAAGAUAAAUACAAAUAAUAAUAACUCCAAUAUCUAAUAUUACAGUGGUUAUAACCAAGAAAAAGGCGAUGAAAUAUGCAUUAAGCAAUUAUUUGAGAUAACUAUUAUGGAAAAUAGAGAAUUGAAAGUUUAAUUUGAAAAAGAAUAGAAAUAGUUUGAAAAAGAUUUGCCAUGCUUUUUAUAAAAAAACUAUGAAUAUAUGGAAUCAAAUAACGAAGAAUAUUACUUGAUAUCCAGUCCACUUUUUGAGACUAUUAAGUAAUAAGUACCUAUGUUAGAGAGAGCAGCAAAAGGAAUUUUUCUUUAAUUAAUAGAAGCUUUUUUUGAGCUGCAUUCUAUGAACUUUAAUCAUUAUGCAAUAUGCUUGGAGAAUAUAGGAUAUAAUAACAACAAUAGCAAGAUUUAACUUCAAAGAUUUGGCUUUGAGUCGCAUUAUAUUUUUAGAGAUCAGCCCUAUUAAGAAGAAAAUAUGUUCCUAUCACCUUAAUAUGCAAACUAAAUAUAUAAAAAUUAAAGGUAUAGUUCAUAAUCUUAAGAUAUGUUUAAUCUUGGAGCUAUUAUGCAAGCUAUUCUAUUAGGUAUUCCUAAAAAUGAGCGACUCAAUCUAAAACUAUCAGAUCAGCUAAAAGAGCUACUUGAAAGUAUGACACAUCCUAUUGAAGAAAAUAGAAUGAAAUGGGAAAAUUUAUUAGAUCAUGCUUAUUUUUAAUUGGGAUAAUCUUAGCCUUAUGAAAUAAAUAGAAUUCAAGGCAAUUACAAUCAAAAAGAUAUAAAAGAUUUCUAUCUUCAAAAAUAAUUGAAUGUAUCUGAUAGCUAUUAAAGGAUUUAUCCAUCUCAACCAAAUAUCUAAUAGAAUCAAAAUAGAUUUGAAUAAUAGAACCAUUCUCCUGUAGGUAUCUUAUAAAGCGAAGAUGUUUAAACAGUAGACUUUCUAACAGACAGAUCUUAAGCCGAAAUAUCUUUUAUAAGUAUUGCUAAUUAGGUUAUGGAUGAGCAUUUCUAGUAAUAACCUUUUUCUAUUUAAUAAAUUAAAACUAAGAAAAAGAACGAUGAGAGCUUGGAGGCUAAAAAAUAAUAGAGAUUAUCUUUUCAGUUGAAGUAAGGACAAAUGAUUAAUGAAUACUUGUCCCUACAUUAAAAUAUUAAUUAGAAUGUUCAAAAUUGUGAUAUCAAUAACAGUGAGGGUAUUAUGAUUUUCUAAUAAGGUAUUUUUGAUGUAUAAGCUUAAAAUAUUUAACAAAAAUAAUUAGAUAAUACUCAAUAAAUUUAGGGGUUUAAACUGCCUCUUAAUAAUAAUCUUUAAGAAAAUAAUUAAAUUAAUAAACAAAAUGUUAGAAAUAAUUUUAAAACUGAGUAGCAGUAUGAUUUUAGAUAAAAUGAAAUAAAUGAUUUGAAAAAUCAAGAUAAAAUAAGUGAAGGUGAAAGCUUUAAGACUUAAAGUUAAUAAACACUUUUUAAUUUUUCAAAUAAAAAGCUUAUUCCAUAUAAAAAUCCAACAGCAGAUAAUCUAGAAAAUAAUAAAGUCAUAACAAACAAUUCAAAAAAUGCAGGAGAGUAAAAUUAAAGAUUCAAUACGUAUUAAAAUAAUAAUAGUAAUAAAGAUAGUAAUAAUUUUUUUUAAAUUAGAGAAAAUUUUAUUUAAGAACGAUAAAAUUAAUAAUCCCCCAUUAAUAAUAAUAUAAACUCAGUAGAAUGUAAAUAAUUAGAAAAUCCCUAUUAGAUUAAUGUAAAUAAUAAUCUAAACACGUAAGAUAUUAAUAACAAUAAAAAAGAACCAAUUGUUGAAGAUAUUUAAAAUAAAUUAAAUUCAAAUAAUCAAUUAUAGUAACCAGAAAGUAUAAAUAAAAGCCUAGGAAAUAAAAAAAUAGUAAAUAGCAUUUCAGCCUCAAACUAAGAGAAUGAAAUUAGUAUUUCUGAAUCUAGACAGGAGUAUGAAAAGAAUUAAAAACUGAUGAAUUAAUUAACUGAGUAUUUUAUGAGAGAAAGAAAUAAAUACUCUUUGAUUUUAGAAACUUGUUUGCUCAUUUAUUAGCAGCCAAAGGAAUUUUUUACUAAAAAAAAUUGCUUUGAGAAUUUAAUAAACUAUGCAUAGCUACUUAACUCUUUAAGAUUAAAUUAUGAUCUACUUUCUUAAUUGAUAGAUCUCAAAUUCUAGCAAAAUGAAUUUACCCCAAAGUUACUAGGCCUUUAUAAAUCAACCGUUUAAUAUUAGAAUAUAUAUAAACUGCUUUUCGAUGAUGCCGUUCUUAUUGAAACUUGGUUUUUAGCUGCUGUUUUUGAUCUUAAUGAUUUUAAAACUCUUUAAAUGAAUUCAAGAUUGGUAGUUUCACGUUUUUAUUUGGAAAUAUGUAGUAAUUUAUUUCAGUUUGUGUCAAAAGAGUCAGUCUAGAUUUUAACACAAAUAUUUGAGGCUCAGCAACCAGCGAAUUAAAUUGGAGAAAUAAAUUAAAAAUGGAAAUUAAGUAAAACAAACAUAGAAAAAAUCAAUAAUUUAAGAAAAAGUUUAACAUUUAACUUUGAUUAAAAUAUUGCAAUAUAACUAUUAGAUUUACAAAUUUUGCAUAUUAAAACUGGACUUGAAUAAAAGAACAGUAAUAUUUCUCUCUAUGAUGUUACUUCUUAUAAAAUUUUGUAUUUCUUACUCUACAUCAAAAAGCAUUUUAAUACUUAGUAUGUCCCUUAAAGAAUAAAAUUAGUGAAUGUAGAAUAGAAUGGUGAUUUUGAUUAUGGAAAAUUUUUUGACAAGAUUAAUGCUAUGACAGACUAUGUUGAGAUUAAAAAGCUUAUUUCUGAAGCAGUUAAGGAGUAAGAUUAAAAAUGA